AGAGCAACGGUUCCCAAGCGCAUCCGGACCAUCUCAAAGCAACAAUGCUUUGGCCCUUCCUCCUCCCCCUUCUCGCCCUCGGGGCCGCCGCCGCCGACAAUGCGACCAGCAGCUACGACUACAUCGUCGUCGGCAGCGGGCCCGGAGGCGGCCCGCUGGCCUGCAACCUGGCGCGGGCGGGCCACUCGGUCCUUCUCCUCGAGGCCGGCGAGGACCACGGCGACGAGGAAGAGGUGGCCCAGCUCGCCAACUUCAACGCCGCCGCCAACGACCCCAACAUGCGCUGGGACUUCUUCGUGAAGCACUCGGACGACCCCAACAGGGAGCUCAAGUUCCAGCACAUGGUGUGGCGCCGCACCGACGGCUCCUUCUACGUCGGCCAGUACCCACCCGCCUCGGCCACCCAGCUGGGCGUCUGGUACCCUCGCACGGGGACCCUCGGCGGCUGCGCCAUGCACAAUGCGGGAGUCUGCUUCCUGCCCUACGAUGAUGACUGGAACCUGAUCGUCAACAAGACAGGCGAUGAUUCCUGGGAGGCGUCGAAGAUGCGCAAGUACUUCGAGAAGCUCGAGAACAACACGUAUCUCCCGACCGGCACUGAGGGCCACGGCUCCGAUGGCUGGGUGCAGAUCAGCCAGGGGUACGGAGUGGUGCCGGCCAAGGGGAGUGACGGGUGGGUCCUCGACGAGCAGAUUGCCAUCGCGACAGGGCAGAAUACGUCGAAUCUGGCCUCGCUCCUCAAGCGCGACAUCAAUUCCGCCGACCCCAAGAGGGACGAGUCCACCGGCUUCUUCGCCAUGUCCGGCCACGUCGACCCGAACGGCAAGCGGACGGGUCCCAACGUCUACAUCAAGGCGACCCUCAACGAUCCCGCAAAGUACCCGCUCACCCUGAAGCUCAACAACUUCGUCACGAAGCUGCUCUUCUCGGACGACGCCCAAAACCCGACCGUCGUCGGCGUUGAGGUGGCCGAGGGCGCCAACCUCUAUCGCGCCUCCCCGCAUUCCACGGCGGGCGCCACGGGCAAGGUCUCGCGGUACUACGCCAACAAGGAGGUCAUCGUUUCGGGCGGCACCUUCAACACCCCGCAGCUGCUCAAGCUGAGCGGCAUCGGCCCCAAGGCCGAGCUCGAAAAGUACAAGAUCAAGGUGGUCAAGGACCUCCCCGGCGUGGGCGAGAACAUGGCGGACAACUACGAGGGCGGACUCCUCAGCGUCGCGAAGCGCGACCUCGUCGACAUGCCGGGCUACGCCGUGGUGAUGAUGCGGACACCGACGGCGCCGACGGCGCGGCGGAACAUCUUCGCCUUCUGCGGCAGCUUCAGCUUCGAGGGCUUCUGGCCGGGCUACCCGACCGACUACGGCGCAGGCGAGUACGAGUGCGCGCUCGUGCACAUGGCGCCCAAGAGCCAGGCCGGCUACGUGCGGCUCCGCAGCGCCGACCCCUUCGACACGCCCGACAUCAACUUCAACUUCUUCGCCACGGGCGAGGACGAGGACGUGACCGAGAUCCUGGACGCCGUCAAGACGCUGCGCAAGGGGUUCCAGGGAGCGCCCGGCGACAUCGGGCCGUGGGCGGAGCGGCACCCGUGCCCGGGCACCGACAGGGCUUGCACCGACGACGAGCAGAAGGCCCUCAUCAAGACGCAGGCCUACAGCCACCACGCGACCUCGUCGUGCGCCAUCGGCGGCGAUGACGACCCCAUGGCCGUGCUUGACUCCAACUUCCGCGUCCGCGGGGUGAAGAAUCUGAGGGUCGUCGACGCAUCUGCUUUCCCCGUCGUGCCGGGUGCCUUCCCGGUGCUUCCCACCAUGAUGCUGUCGGAGAAGGCGUCGGAGGUUAUCCUGGCUGAUGCCAAGGCUGGAUCCGCCUAG